UCUUCACUUUCACAUUCAAAUCAAAAUUCUUUGCUUCACUUCCAAUUCUCAUUCCUCUAACAAUGCCUCCUCCUCCCCUUCUUCCUCUUACUCUUCUCCCCAUUCUCCUCUCUCUUCUCACCGUUCACGCUCGGAUCCCCGGAGUUUACUCCGGUGGCCAGUGGCAGAGCGCUCAUGCUACUUUUUAUGGCGGCAGUGACGCCUCCGGAACUAUGGGAGGAGCUUGCGGUUACGGAAACUUAUACAGCCAAGGCUACGGCGUAAACACGGCGGCGCUAAGCACUGCUCUGUUCAACAACGGUUUGAGCUGCGGAGCCUGCUUCGAACUUAAGUGCGCUAACGAUCCGCAGUGGUGCCAUUCCGGGAGUCCGUCGAUUUUCAUAACAGCCACAAACUUUUGCCCGCCGAACUACGCUCUUCCAAGUGACAAUGGCGGCUGGUGCAACCCUCCCCGUCCUCACUUCGACCUCGCCAUGCCAAUGUUUCUCAAGAUCGCCGAGUACAGAGCCGGAAUCGUUCCCGUCUCUUACCGCAGGGUACCAUGCCGGAAGAAAGGAGGAAUAAGAUUCACAAUCAACGGCUUCCGAUACUUCAACUUGAUACUAAUAACAAACGUGGCAGGAGCAGGGGACAUCGUGAAAGCAAGCGUAAAAGGCAGCAAAACAGAGUGGAUGAGCAUGAGCAGAAAUUGGGGUCAAAACUGGCAAUCAAACGCCAUUUUGGUAGGUCAGUCACUUUCUUUUAGGGUAACAUCCAGUGACCGUCGCACUUCCACUUCUUGGAACAUCGUCCCUUCCAAUUGGCAAUUUGGCCAAACUUUCACCGGCAAGAACUUCAGAGUCUAAUUUCAAAAUUUCUACUUUCUUUGUUCUUAAAAGGGCGAGAAAGUGGGAGAAAUUGAGAGAAAAGUGAGCGUAGUUUUGGGGAGAUGGAUACUUUUUGACUUGGAGGAAAUGGGAGUGUGUGUUUUGUUAAUGGGAAUGUUAUUAUGGGAAAAGGGGGAAGAAAAAGGUAAAAAAAGGGGGUUUUGUUGUUGUUGUUGUUUGUUACUUUGUUGUAAUGAGAAAAUGGCUGAAAGUGGCUGCUAAAUUAGUAUAGCCCGCAGCUUCCUUAUUAUUAUUAUAUAAACAUAAUUAUAUAUACAAUAGUGCUCUUUGCUUUAA